AUGAUUCGCCGACAAGCACGAGAGCGACGGGACUAUCUCUACCGGAAAGCUCUAUCGCUCCGGGAUGCUGCGAUCGCGGAAAAGCGCGCGCAGCUCAAGUCUUCCCUGGCAUCUGGGAAGCCGCUCAACUCGGCUGUUGCCAACGACAAACGCCUCCGAGAAGAUUUCAAGUACGACGAAUCUCUGCCAUCGGGUGGAAAGGACGAUGAUGUGAUUGAUGUCGACGAUGAAUAUGCCCUCACCUCUGGCCUCGUGGAUCCACGCCCACUCGUCACAACCUCGCGGUCUCCCUCGGCCCGUCUGAGUACAUUUGCCAAGGAAAUUCGCCUGCUUCUUCCUACCUCUAUUCGCCUGAAUCGAGGUAAUCUGAUUUUGCCCGACCUAGUUUCCAGCGCCAAUGGUGCUGCGCUUAGCGAUAUGAUCCUCCUUCACGAGCAUCGUGGUACCCCGACUGCUAUUACCAUAUCGCAUCUACCUCACGGCCCAACCGCCAGCUUUUCCUUGCAUAAUGUGAUGUUACGAGCGGAUAUUCCCAACUCCUCGAGAGGCACUGUCUCGGAAAGCUACCCACACUUGAUCUUCGAAGGCUUCACCACGAAACUAGGAAAGCGUGUCGUGCGCAUUCUCCAACACCUUUUUCCACCCCGAGAAGGCGGCGAGAAACUCGGAAACCGAGUGGUCACCUUCCGGAAUACAGAAGAUGCUAUCGAGGUCCGUCAUCAUGUCUUUGUCCGAACAGGGUAUCAAGACGUGGAACUCGCAGAAGUGGGGCCACGAAUGACCAUGAGGCUUUUCGAGAUCCGAGGUGGAACGCUGGAAAAGAAUGCAGGAGGCGAUGUAGAGUGGGCCUUGACCCAAUACACAAGGACGAGUCGGAAGAAAGACUAUCUCUGA